UCUCUCCCGGCAGGAAGAUGGUGUCUGUCAGGAUGCGGUCGUGUGUGUUGUCACUUUUACUUCUCAACGUUUUCUACAGCGUCGUCUCCUCUUUGUACUUUCACAUCGGAGAGACCGAGAAGAAAUGUUUCAUAGAGGAGAUCCCGGACGAGACGAUGAUUAUCGGAAACUAUCGGACUCAGCUGUACGAUAAGCAGAGAGAAGAGUACCUGCCGGCCACUCAGGGUCUGGGGAUGUUUGUGGAAGUCAAAGAUCCUGAUGACAAGGUGAUUCUGUCUCGGCAGUACGGCUCCGAGGGAAGGUUCACCUUCACAUCACACACACCUGGAGAGCAUCAGAUCUGUCUGCACUCCAACUCCUCCAAGUUCUCCCUGUUUGCUGGAGGCAUGCUGAGGGUUCACCUGGACAUCCAGGUGGGCGAACACGCCAACAACUACGCUGAGAUUGCCGCCAAAGACAAACUGACGGAGCUGCAGCUGAGAGUCAGACAGCUGGUGGAGCAAGUAGACCAGAUCCAGAAGGAGCAGAACUACCAGAGGUACCGUGAGGAACGUUUCCGUCAGACCAGCGAGAGCACCAACCAGCGGGUCCUCUGGUGGUCCAUUGUCCAGACCCUCAUCCUGGUGGCCAUCGGCAUCUGGCAGAUGAGACACCUCAAGAGCUUCUUCGAGGCCAAGAAACUGGUGUAACUUUUCUCCUGGGAGUGUGUGUGUGUGUGUGUGAGAGUGUGUGUGUGUUUGUUUGUGUGUUUGGUCUCUGCUGAUUGAUGCAGUACCGAGCGGCGGCGCUCGCUUCUGUUGGAGGAAGAGCUGCUGAGGAGACGGGACGCAGAGAAAUCCAGCUGCGAGAUUCUUCUUGAAAACAACAUCUUUAGUUUAUUAUUAUUUUAAUUAUUAUAACUGUUCACAUUGCCGUCAUCUCCAGCCCGGUCUGAAAUGAGCCCCUCACAUUUGCAGUAGACUAUCAGGGAAAGUGCGACAACUCUAUUUAUUACCCAGAUAGCUUUGCCACAAAACUACCAGGCAGAUAAUUAUGAGAAGGUGAAUUUGAUUUGCAUUUUUUAAAUAGAUUUGCCCCUUUUUCUUCCUCGUUAACUCGCUGUGAAGAAUACAUGAUGUGUUACUGGCCACUAGAGAUGUUGUUCAGAGCCGAGCAUUAAAGAUCCAACUGUUUACAUGAAAUGGUUUGAAGCAAACGCCGUUUGGCCUCUGAGCCACAGCAGAACUUAUGAUCUGAUUCGUCUGCGUUUUACGUCACGCAGGAACGUCUUAAGUUCGGACUUUGCAACAGCGUGAACGUUGACUGAAACAGCGUCACUCGAGGUCGUUACGAACGGUUUAUGGAGAAUAGAAGGCGUCUCUAUUAGUUUCCCCUCCAAACUUUCCUUUCUUUGUUGCUUUUGUUGAGUCUGCUGCGCGUCCUGAUGUGCUGCCCCCCACCGUUCAUGGGACGACCUGCAUCUCGUGGAAGUGUAGUGUUUAUUUCUGAGGACUAACUAGCCAUGAACUCGUUAAAUAUAAGUAUAUCGGAGCUUUUAAUUUUGCCACCAGCUGUUAAAUACUGAAGCAGAAUAUAAAUCUAGUCGGCGCCCAGACUGACUACUGACUACUCGAACAAGUGGAGAGAACAAUCUAUCAAAGCGCUCUCAAGAUUGAAACUUCUGUUCUUCGUGACGGCGUAAGAUUCCUCUUUUAUUUUCUCUUUAUUGGUUUUUCCGUUUCUUUCUGCGUGCGAGUGAAUCUGCAUUUUUACUGUGUCCAAACUGAAUGUAUGUUUCUGUUCGUCUGACUCUGGCUUGGUGUUGGUUUGCUGGUGGAGGCACCAACACAAACAGGAAUGUUCAGAGGGGCCCUUUGGAUUCCUGAGAUUAGUCUGGUCCCUUAGGUCCUGAGACCUUUUGGUUAAAAAGCGGGUUUAGAUGUCGGCGCCUUCGUUAAUCCUAUCAGACGAGAACUGGCUCGGUAGCUUUUAUCAGCCGUUGGCUCCAAACGUUGCCAGAGACGCCUUCCUGUGUGGCUCUCUGUUUUCUUUUCCAGAAACCAGUCGCUUAAAGGAAAAGCAUCACGUGCUGUAUCUCCUGGAUUAAAGGAAUAUCAGUCAGGACUGGAACCAAACAACCUCGCGCUCCCUGCUGGCGGCGCCUGAAACGUUUAAACUGAUGACUUUUCAAAAAGCUAAAAAAAACCCAGUGAGCAGAUCUACUGAAGAAAACAAUCGGUUAAAUUCCUGCGUCAGCCAAAACCUCAAAGACCCGAAUCACUAAAUAUUAGUCGUAUAGAGCUUCCACAUGAUUUUGUUAGCGAGAAAUGAGCAGAGUUGUGGGAUAAAUCUGAACCCGAGGAGUGAAAUGAAAAUGAUUUUAAAGAAACUUUAGAGACAGACGGCCGAUCGCAGGUUUUCACCUCUCCAGCUCUUGAAGUGUUGUUCCUUUUUAUUCCUUCCUUAUCCUCUGGUGGUUUGUGUUGAACAGUUUUAUGUUGCUGGUAGAUGGUUUUUUUCCUGGGUUAGAAUUGAAAAUCAUUUUGGUUUAGGCUGGACGAGGGGCUUGGAUUUAUUUUAUUUUUCAGAGAGAUUUUGUCCAUGUGAAAUCUUGCACUCGAAAUAAAGUUUUGUCACAUUUGGUUUAAA